AUGUUUGUUUCUCUUGAUUUCAUUAUCUCUGUGGUGGAGUUGGAGCUCAAGGAGGUGGUCACAUCCCACAAUGGCAGGGCAGACGAAUUCGGUGUCGGUGGUAUAGUGAAGGGUUACGGCACACAUCAAUUCAAAGUCAUUGGGUACAACCAAAAUAUUUACAACUUCCCCAUCAGCUCUGGAACAUUCAACAUUGGAGGGUAUGAUUGGAGACUGGUGUACUACCCAAGGGUCCGUAGCCGUAAUGAGUUCGACAAUGAUGACUACAUUGAGGUGGACCUUGAGCUGCUCAGCAAAGCUGAGGUAAGGGUGAUGGUCGACCUCUUCUUCUUCAACCAGAUCACAAAUCUUCCAUACGCUGUUGCCUGCACAAAGGAGCCUAUGAGACUAACAAAGAAGAUUGUUUGGGCAGCCUGUGAUCUUAUGAAGCUGAGUGAAUUGGAAAGUUCAGGAUAUGUCCGUGAUGAUAGCAUCAUCAUCCAGUGUCAGGUGACCGUGAUCCUUUUGCCUGGUGUUCCCAAGACCAAAUCAUUGUGCGAGAUUGAGGUACCGCCACCGGAAAUGGCACAACAGUUUGGAAUGCUGCUGGAGGAUAUGGCAAGCGCUGAUGUUACCUUUGAAGUUGGAGGGAAGUCUUUCCAUGCCCAUAGGUUGGUGCUUGCAGCCCGUUCUCCAGUCUUCAAGGCACAGCUGUUUGGGUCCAUGAGGGACACAAGGAUGGAGUCCUUAGUAAUUGGUGAAAUGGACCCUGCAGUUUUCAAGGCCUUGCUGCACUACAUAUACAAUGAAUCGUUGCCCAACAUGGAUAGUGCUGAUAGAGCUAACAGGCAUGAAAUGUUGUGCCAUCUGCUAGAGGCAGCUGACCGCUACGCCAUCGAGAGGCUUAAGAUCAUCUGUGAGCGCAUGCUGUUGAUGGAUCUUGAUGUGGAAAAUGUGGCAAUGACACUAGCUCUAGCUGAACAGCAGCAUUGCAAACAGCUUACUCAUGCUUGCUUAGAGUUUAUGGAACCACCCGAAAAAAUGGAAGCUGUGGUGGCAACUGAAGGAUACAACAAAUUGAAGAGAGAGUACCCCGCUCUUUUAUUCAAAGUGUGGGAGUGGAGUGUCCAUCGCAGCAGCAAGAACUGA